AUGUCGUCUUCUGCUGCUUACAUUGCACUUCCCCAGGGUGCCGGCUACGCUGUCGUGGUUGGCUUGGGUGCUGUAUUUGCUGGAGGUAUGGUUCUUACCACCUUCUGUUUGAAACGUUACAAUAAGGAAAUCAUGACUGCUGAAGAGUUUGCUACAGCCGGUAGAAGUGUUAAGACCUUCUUGCUUUCGUCUGCUGUUGUCUCUUCCUGGACAUGGGCUGCUACUCUCUUGACCUCCACUGUUCAAGUGUACAACAACGGUGUUUCUGGUGCUUUAUACUACGCUGCUGGUGCCACAGUUCAGAUUAUUUUGUUUGCUUGUUUGGCUAUCAAGGGUAAGGAGCGGGCUCCUUCUGCACACACUUAUUUGGAAAUUGUGAAAACACGAUACGGGCCAGUUACUCACGGAAUCUACUGUUUCUGGGGGUUUGCUACAAAUGUCUUGGUUACCGCAAUGUUGUUAACUGGUGGUUCUGCUGUUGUGCAUGAUUUGACGGGAAUGAACGUUGUGGCUGCAUGUUUGUUGUUGCCUCUCGGUGUGGUGGUUUACACCUUGUUUGGAGGUAUCAAGGCAACUUUUUUAACCGAUUAUGCUCACACUGUGGUCAUUGUGAUUAUCAUGUUAGUGUUUGCUUUCAAUGCCUUCGCCACCUCUGACAAGUUGGGUUCUCCAGCUAAGGUUUGGGAAAUUGUCACCGCUUUGGCUGAAACUCAGCCCAGAGAAGGUAACGCUGGUGGCUCAUAUUUGACCAUCAAAUCCCGUUCUGGAGGUAUUUUCUUUGUCAUCAACAUUGUCGGUAACUUCGGAACUGUUUUCUUGGAUAACGGAUAUUUCAACAAGGCCUUCGCUUCGGACCCUGUUGCUACCAUGCCCGGCUACGUUCUUGGUGGUUUGGCCUGGUUUGCCAUCCCAAUGUUCAUGGCCACCACUAUGGGUUUGACUGCUUUGUCUUUGCAGAACACUCCUGCUUGGCCAACUUACCCAGAAAAAAUGACUUCUGCCGAGGUCAGUGCUGGUUUGGUCUUGCCUAACGCAGCCGUAGCUCUUUUGGGCAAGUCUGGUGCUGUGAUGAGUCUUUUGUUGGUUUUCAUGGCUGUCACCUCUGCAAUGUCUGCAGAGUUGAUUGCUGUAUCCACCAUCUACACUUACGAUAUUUACAGAUCCUACAUCAACCCCAAGGCUUCUGGUAAGACUUUGAUCUUUAUGUCUCACGCAUCGGUCAUUGCUUUCGCCUAUAUUAUGGCCGGCUUUGCUAUUGGUUUGUACUACGCAGGUAUCUCCAUGGGUUACUUAUAUGAGUUGAUGGGAGUCAUUAUUGGUGGUGCUGUGUUGCCUUCUGCAUUGACUUUACUUUCCAAGAAUCAAAACUGGCACGCUGCAACUUUCACUCCUCCAAUCGCAACUGCCUUAUCUAUCAUGUCGUGGUUGGUUUGCACCAAGAAGAUGUACGGUACUGUCACAGUUGACACAACUUUCAUGGAUGAUCCUAUGUUGACUGGUAACGUUGUUGCUCUUUUGUCUCCCUUGAUCAUUGUUCCCGUAUUAACCCUUGUUUUCAAGCCUCAAAAGUUCAACUGGGACAUCUUAAAGACCAUUGCUCGAGUUGAUGAAGAGGAGGAGUUAUUGGCUGCCGAGACUCCUGUCGAAGAAGACCCAGAGAAGCUUUUACCUGUCAAAUCUCAAAUGACUACUGCUGCUCACGAAAUCGCCGUCGAAAAUUUCGAUAAGUAUGCCGAGGAAAGUGCCAGAUUGAAGAGAUCGUUCAAGAUUGCCUUAACGAUUUGUUGUGUUUUGGCAGUCUGCUUGAUUUUGUUGUGGCCAAUCCCAAUGUAUGGCAGUGGUUAUAUUUUCAGCAAAUCAUUCUUUACUGGUUGGGUUUCUGUGUUCUUCAUUUGGUCGUUCUUCACUGCAUUUGUUGUUAUCAUUGGGCCUGUUUGGGAAGGUCGUCAAGGUCUCUUCACUACUUUCAGAGGUAUCUACUGGGAUUUGACCGGUCAAACCUGGAAGUUGAGAGCAUGGCAGAAUGCCCACCCAGAACAGUUGCACGCUGUGCAGAGUCAGGUUUCCGCUCAGUUAACCAAGAUGAUUUCUUUGGACGGUAAAGUUGCGGGAGGAGGAGUAGUGACACCUCAUAACAUCGACACUGAGUUGGACGAGAAGAAGUGA